AUGGAUGAAGAUGGCUUUUAUGAAGGGGAACUUCUAGAUGGACAAAGAGGACUAGUCCCUUCAAAUUUUGUGGAUUUUGUUCAAGACAAUGAGACCCGUUUAUCAAGCACAUUAAGCAGUGAACAAGAUCAGAAUUUAAUCAACCAUUCGGGUCCUACUUUGGAAGGAGACAUCUCAGAGAUAAGUCCACCAACUCACAUAGACUCCAGUGUAAUCAGCAAUGGCGCAGGGACUCUGGAUGUGAACAUUGAUGAAAUUGGAGAAGACAUUGUGCCUUAUCCUAGAAAAAUCACCCUUAUUAAACAACUAGCCAAAAGUGUCAUUGUGGGCUGGGAGCCACCAGUAGUGCCACCCGGAUGGGGAACCAUUAGCAGCUACAAUGUUCUGGUUGACAAAGAAGUACGGAUGAACAUAGCCUUGGGAAGCAGAACGAAAGCUCUUAUAGAAAAGCUUAACAUUUCUACUUGUACAUACCGAAUAUCAAUUCAGAGCAUUACCAACAAGGGUAACUCCGAUGAACUGCAGUGCACUUUGUUAGUUGGGAAGGAUGUCAUAGUCGCUCCCUCUAAUCUUAAAGUGGACAACAUAACCCAGAUUUCUGCUGAGCUGUCCUGGCUCCCUACAAAUAGUAAUUAUAGUCAUGUGAUCUUUCUUAAUGAAGAAGAAUUUGACAUUGUCAAGGCUGCUAGCUACAAGUACCAUUUUUUUAAUUUGAAGCCCAAUAUGGCCUAUAAGGUGAAGGUCAUGGCAAAGCCCCAUCAGAUGCCCUGGCAGCUUCCCCUGGAACAACGAGAAAAAAAGGAAGCCUUUGUGGAAUUUUCUACGUUGCCAGCAGGUCCUCCAGCUCCACCUCAGGAUGUUACUGUCCGGGCUGGGUCCACACCAGCAACCGUACAGGUGUCCUGGAAACCCCCAACUCUGACAGCAACAGGAACGUCCCACGGCGCCAAUGUCACAGGCUACGGUGUUUAUGCGAAAGGUCAACGGGUGGCAGAAGUGAUCUUUCCAACAGCAGAGAACACAUUGGUGGAGCUAAUGAGACUGAGGAGUUUGGAAGCAAAGGAAGUUACAGUUCGAACACUCUCUGCACAAGGGGAAUCAGUGGACUCUUCUGUUGCUGCCAUUCCGUCUGACCUACUGGUGCCUCCAACCCCUCACCCCAGAACUGCUCCCAAAUCUAAGCCAUUAGCAAGUGCCGGAGCCCCAGAAACCAAAGAAGAACAUUUAGGUCCACAUUUAAAAAUGGAUGAGUCAUGGGAGCAGACUCGUUCGGCAUCCCCUGUUCAUGGACACACGCUCGAGCCACCUGCCCCUAAUUUCCACAGCGCGCUUCAGGGAAGGAGGUCUCCAUCGCCUAACCGAAUACUCCCUCAACCUCAAGGCACACCUGUCCCAAAUACUGUCGCAAAAGCCAUGGCAAGAGAAGCUGCACAACGAGUUGCAGAGAGUAAUAGGAUGGAGAGGAGGAGUGUUUUUAUCGAGAGGAGUAAUGCAGCUCAGUACGCUAACUCCGAUGAUGAGGAGGAUGGCUAUGAUUCUCCUAAUAUCAAACGAAGGGGAGCUUCGGUUGAUGAUUUCCUGAAAGGGUCAGAACUUGGAAAGCAACCUCACUAUUGCCAUGGUGAAGAGUAUCAUACAGAGAGCAGCAGAGGGUCUGACUUGUCUGAUAUUAUGGAAGAAGAUGAGGAAGAGUUGUACUCUGAAAUGCAGCUGGAGGAUGGAGGAAGGCGACGAGUCAGUGUGACUUCACACAGUGCACUUAAGGAGUGUGAUAAGAAUAAGACCACUGAAGCCACUUUUUUGGAACAUCCUGACUUUUCACAGCAGAUACAUCACAGUAAAAAGCUUUUCAGUAUUCCCGAAGUAGCUGAAGAGGAUGGUGAAUACUCUGAACUGCUGUACAAGCAGGGUUUAGGUAUGCCCUAUAAAAAGAAUCCCACAAAAGCUAGAGACUCUAGACCACCUAGGCCCUACAAUCAAGACCAGCAGCACAACUUCUGGUACCCAGCCAAGCACAGAAUUUCAGGCAUGGAGGAUUUUGCUGCAGACGACAAAGGAUGUAAAUAUAGCCGAUCCUUAUCGAGAAGCCCAGACAGUGGACUAGACUGUGGAAGUGAAGAAGAAGAAUCUCGUUUUAAUUUCAGAUAUACUUGCGAUUCAGUUUCUGCCAACGUUGCGUGUAGCUGUUGCGCAGAGACUGCUAACAGUUCCUGCAGGAAAAGCAUGAGGCCAUUGCUUGCUCGCAGGAAAACUUUAACCAGACAAACCAGCAUCGAAGAAGAUUUUGGUGAUCUGGGUCCUUCCUUUGUAGAGCCCAGGAGUGAACAGGUCAAGUCCAGUUACGAGAAAAAGUAUGAGACUCAGAAAUGUAAUAGAACAGAUAAUUUGUGUAAUGAAGAUGUUCAGGGAGGCUGGAAGACCGACUUAAAAAUGGCUGACUCUAGGGCAGCUGGUCUACUUGCAAAGCCAUCCCACAGAGAUGCAGAAGACUCUCUGCUUUUAGGUAAUCCAUCAUCUGCAGGACGGCCUGAAAGGGCGGAGCAUGCAGGGCGAAGGUCCUCUCAUGGCAGUGCAGUGCCACAAAGGUCUCGACCAAUGUUGGUCCCUUCCAUUGAUGGCUAUGGUGGUCAUGACCAUCUUUCUCCAGAUAUUUAUGAAGAAUCAGAAACAGAUCCUGGCACAGAGGAUAUUUCUACUCGAAUAUUUGUUGCACUCUUUGACUACGAUCCACUGACAAUGUCCCCAAAUCCCGAUGCCGCAGAAGAAGAGCUGCCAUUUAAAGAAGGACAGAUCAUUAAGGUUUAUGGGGACAAAGAUGCUGAUGGAUUCUAUCGUGGAGAAACCUGUACAAGAAUUGGCCUUAUCCCGUGUAAUAUGGUCUCUGAGAUCCAAGCAGAUGAUGAAGAGAUGAUGGAUCAGCUUCUAAAACAAGGCUUUCUUCCUUUGAACACACCGAUUGAGAAAAUUGAAAGAAACAGACGGAGUGGCAGACAACACUCAGUGUCUACACGAAGGAUGGUGGCGCUGUACGAUUAUGAUCCAAGAGAAAGUUCUCCCAACGUUGAUGUAGAGGCUGAGCUGACAUUCUGCACAGGGGACAUUAUCACUGUCUUUGGUGAAAUUGAUGAAGAUGGAUUUUACUAUGGUGAACUUAACGGACAAAAGGGGCUGGUUCCUUCCAACUUUCUUGAAGAAGUGCCUGAUGAUGUUGAAGUCUUUCUAUCUGAUGCACCCGCACGAUAUGUUCACGAUACACCGAUGCGUACAAAAGCAAAAAGGGUAAGCAACCGAAUAAGAAAAACUUAAUUUUUUACUUUCCAUUAUAUUCUGCCUCAUAUUUA